GGUAUAUAAGGGCUGCAGAGAGUUCUGGUUUCUCUCUUUGCAUUUGGACUUUGACACUUUGGAGUUGGAAACCUUUUGUAAAGAAAACUCUUUGAGUUUGAAACCACUGAGAGAAACUACUGGAAAGCGGAUCUUGUUGGAGAACUAAACUUUUGGAUAAAUCAACUAUAUUGUGGGAAACCGAGGAGCCUGAAGAUAUCCUUCAGCAGACCAGUGAUGGAGCAGCAGCUGAUGGGAGUCAACUCUGAGUUAGACAACAACAGGCCAGGUGGUGUGAACUCCAUCGUCGAGCGCCCUGCACAAGAUGGUGAGGUCAGGCUUGGUUUUGUUGGUGAUGGUGAGUAUGAACGUUAUGUCAUCGAGAGAGAUAUUUAUCAGAUAUUCGGCCACUCUGACAGUGAGGAGGAGGAGGAGAUGGAGGAAGAGGAGGAGGAGGAGGAUGAAGACGCCUGGUCUGACUCGAGCGAAGAUUCUGGUUACGAGUCCAAGUCCGAGCAUGAAGACGACUCUGAAGACGAUGAUUUCAACGUCAUCAUCAGACCUAUCUCCCCCAUGAACCAGCUGGUCCCACCUCCGAGCUUUUGGCAGGUUUUACACCGAGGGUCAUCUCCUGUUGGCCUUCCCGCUGGAGCUCCUUUCUGCUUCCCUUUUGGAGUUCUUCCUGCGCAGCAAGAGGAACGUCCUGAAGAAGAUCAACCCUCAGUCUGUCAGAGGUCAGAAGAGUCCGCUUCCUCAACUUCAGGCCUCAGCAUCUCCACGAAGAGGAGCAGGGAAGAGGACUGCACAGAGCAGGUAGGUGUGAAGAGGCAGCGCCAGUGUGAGGACAGCCAUGAGGAGCCAGCAUCCUCCACUUCAGACCUCAGCAUCUCCACGAAGAGGAGCAGAGAAGAGGACUGCACAGAGCAGGUAGGUGUGAAGAGGCAGUGCCAGUGUGAGGACAGCCAUGAGGAGCCAGCAUCCUCCACUUCAGACCUCGAUUCCUCCACUAACCGGAGCAGAGAAGAGGACUACAGGUACAGCUUCAGGAGUUACUGGUAGUUCUCUCCUGAUGACAGCGACUCAGAUUCAGACUGAGUGCUGUUUGCUGCAGGAUUGUACAACCUUUGCCUCUGGCAGGACUGAUAAAGCCCCAGGCAGCCUUCCCACGCAUCUGGCGGGGUUGGCCAUAUAGGUUGCAUCUUGAUCCACAGCUUUUUUUAUAUCUCUUUUAUAUAUGGAUUUCCUUUUGAGUCAUAGUUGAUGAUGCUAGAUGCUGAUACCAGAGGUAAGUUAACAAUGAAUGGUUGUUAUUCUGUUAUGUAUUUUUCUUUUUAAAGUAGAUACCAGACAAAGGUAAGUCAAAACUUAAUGACAGCAUUAACACAAGUCUCCUGAAAGUCUCACUUAUCAGUAAUUGAAAAAUUGUUUAUUUUACUAACUCUCUAUCUUUUAGUUUUUUAAGUUAGGUGUAGGUGGCUGUACCAGACGGAGCUAUGGUAAUAAUUACUAACAUUAAGACAAGUCUCCAAGUCUCUUUUACUCAGGUAUUAGGCACCAACCAGAUGAGAACGAUGGAGGACUACAGGACCAGAUGAGAAAGAUUGAGGACUACAGGACCAGAUGAGAAGGAUGGAGGACUACAGGACCAGAUGAGAAGGAUGGAGGACUACAGGACCAGAUGAGAAAGAUUGAGGACUACAGGACCAGAUGAGAAGGAUGGAGGACUACAGGACCAGAUGAGAAGGAUGGAGGACUACAGGACCAGAUAAGAAGGAUGGAGGACUACAGGACCAGAUGAGAAAGAUGGAGGACUACAGGACCAGAUGAGAAGGAUGGAGGACUACAGGACCAGAUGAGAAAGAUGGAGGACUACAGGACCAGAUGAGAAAGAUUGAGGACUACAGGACCAGAUGAGAAGGAUGGAGGACUACAGGACCAGAUGAGAAGGAUGGAGGACUACAGGACCAGAUAAGAAGGAUGGAGGACUACAGGACCAGAUGAGAAGGAUGGAGAACUACAGGACCAGAUGAGAAGGAUGCAGGACUACAGGUCUUUCUUUCAGUGGACUCAAGAGCAGGAUUCCUCUGUGUUUUUGGCCCUCCUGGAUCAGCUGAGAGUGGACGUCAACCAACCAAUCUUCCCAGGAAGACCCAGCAGCACCACAACACCACCACUCUCAGCAUCCUAAUGAGUCCUCCACCGCCCCUCCACCCCAACCCCCCCGACACCAGCCGCUUCACUGACGAGGACCGGCCCCGUCCCGACCAGCACAGAGGACGCUGUUCUUUAUCUGCUUCUUCUUCUGUGCUGGCGGGUUUAGGAAGCUCCUCACACACACAGGAAGCUGUCAGCACCUCGUUGCAUCUGAGCUCACAAAUCAAGAAAGAGACGGACCGUGACAAUGUAUGACAUUUUAAAUACAAUAAAUAUGGUGCAAAUUAUG